GAGGAGGCAUCGGCGACCAAGAGCGAGCUUGUCGAAUCCGUCAGACAGCUCCAGGCCACUCUUCAGGCGAUGCCGAAGGACCCCUCGCUCGAGCUGGCGCGGAACCAGCUCCAGCAGCAGCUCGGUGCGCGCCGCAAGCAGAUUGGCGACCUCCGCCUGCUGGGCAAGCACCUCGACGGGGCCCUGGCGGCCUUCGAGCGCGCGCGCACUCGCCAGACCACGGCCGAGGAUGGCUUCAAGCUGGCGCAACAGACGUGGCAGAGCUCGAGAAACAGGUCGCGCAUCCUCCGCCUCCGUCCGGGUCAGGACACGCUGGAUGAGUUCAUGGCCCAGUUCCAAGCAGCCAUCAACGAGGCGCAGUCCCAGUCCGAGGCCAUCAUCUCGAAGUUCCGGGCCACCUUGGCCAAUGCUGCGCAGACGUCGCCCCGCCG